AUGGCCGACAAGACGCUCUAUCCGGGUGUAGCCUUGGUAACUGGCGCUGCCUCUGGCAUCGGCAGAGGUAUCGCAUAUGCGUUUGCAAGGGAAGGAUGCUUGCGAAUAACAAUCGCUGAUUUCAAUCAGGCAGGCCUACAGGAGACAUAUGAUCAAAUAAAGUCUGCCUUUAAGCAAGUAGAAAUUCUCUCCUGUGUGGUUGAUGUGUCAAAGGCCGAUGAUGUCGCGCGGAUGCUGGAUGAGACCAUUGCAAAAUUCGGACGCGUCGACUAUGCUGUCAAUGCUGCCGGCGUACUGGGUGGUGCCAGACGGUCACAUGAAAUGAGCAUAGAAGAGUUCGACCAGAUCACACAGGUCGAUUAUCGUGGUUGCUGGCUCUGCUCGAGAGAGGAGUUGAAGCACAUGGUCCAACAGGAGCCUCUACCUACUCAUGAUGGACGACCUGGUAACAGAGGUAUUCCAAGGACAACAUCAGAGGUUAGACAGACGAAAGGCACUCAAGACCCCGAGCUCACUCUGCCUGCAGUAAAUUGCGUUUGUCCCGGUCUUAUCGGAACCAGGAUGGUUAAUGACUCGAUUGACUAUUUCCGACCUGCAAUCAGCAUCGCCCCGAUGAACAGCACGUCGCUGAUGCAAACAGAGUGGGCACCGUGGAUGAGGUGGCUGACUGCGUUCUAUUCUUAUGCAGCAGCAAAGCAACAUUUGUUCAAGGCGCUGCUCUCGUUGUCGACGGGGGAUACAGGAUCAACUGAGUAG